AUGAGCUCAGUCAAUGACACUCUACUUUCUCUUGACCCUGGUCCCUCCGACAUCCUCUACAGAAUACGACGAGUGACCCCAGAGCAUCGACGAGUGCUGUACGUUAGAGUCGCCGACCUGACUAUUAUCCCUCCUGAUGAGCGUACCUACGGCCCUUCAGUUAUCAAAGAACUGAGCAAGUUGGGAGACUGGCAUAGCUGUUGGACGACUCUCCGAGUCUUCAAGGAAGCCGGUGCCAUCAAGGCUGAGAAAGACUCGUUUCUCCCACAUACAGUACCGAGAGAAUACAUUCUCGAUAAAUAUCCUUCCUAUGACAUCUUCGACUGCGCUACGAUUUGCGAUUUCAAUCAUCGAGUCUCGAAAGUCACCGUCGACGGGCGGGUUUGCGUCCUGAAGAUCGCACGGUUUCCGUUCGAGCUGCCCUCCUUGAUCCGGGAGCUCGAAGCGUAUCACUGCCUCCCGAAACACGCUCCGGCGCCGCAACUGCUCGGGUAUGUGUUUGAAGAAGAGGGCAUAGACCGUGUUGUAGGCUUUCUCGUCGAGUUUCUCGGAGGCCGCCCUGCGGGUAUCACCGAUCUCGACCCAUGUCUUCGAUCACUUGCCGAACUGCAUCGGCAUCUUGUCCAUGGCGAUCUAUGCAAGUACAAUAUAUUGAUCACUGAGGAAGGGCCAAAGUACAUCGACUUUGAGAGGUCGAUUCUCUGUAACUCGGACGAGUGGAGUACAAGCUUGCAAGAUGACGAGAGGCGGACCCUGUCUGACAAGCUCGUCGAUGCAUCUGAACUCGGGCGCCCGUACUCUCCAGGUCCUUGA